AGGGUGAAAAAAUAUCUUUUCAGCCUUUAAUGUUUCCUCUUGACUUACAGAUAAAAGAUAUGUUUGAUUUUUAUCUGGAAUAAUGAGACUAGACUGAAGCAUGUUUGGAAGUGUGAAAGUAUCUAUAGAAUCUCUACAAAAUAGUUAAAAGGAAAAUUUUAACUUAAAUCGGUCACCACUAUUAAAAAAAUAUGUACAGUAGUGAGUUGCUAUACAGGAGAUGAAGAUGUGUGUGUUCUAAAUAAAAAUACAAAAUUACUUCAUAGUCACAAGCAAUAUCUGCUUGAAAGUCCUAGCAUAAGAGUCUGAAUUUAAAGGAAACUGACCAAAUCGCUAUUUUUUUUUUUUUUAUAGCUAUACAGUGCAUAACGUAUAGUCAUUUUAUUUGCUGUUAGCAGUUGUUGUAACAGGCUUUUUCUUUUCUGACACUUGCAGUGAAUUUCAUGCAGGUCUGUUAUUAUUACUAGUAUACCUUUUAAUUUCAUAACAGUGGAUUUGCUGCUGUCAUGCUAGAGGUUGGGAGAUGAUAGGUAAGGGAAGUUAUGGCAGGCAGAAUAAACCCAGUAUUCUGCUUUGCUUUAAGUGCCUUCCCUGAUGACAGCAUAGUAUUUCCAAUCUGCUUUUAUGUGGGCAUCUGGGUUGAUUUCUUUAAUUCUUUUGAAACCCUAGUUCAUUCUGGUUUUGGAUUUAUUAAUUUAGAAGUUUGCAUUGUCAGCUUAUUUUUUUGCACAGUAUCAUUCAGACUAAUGUGUAGCUGAGAUAAAAAUGCAUUCUACAAUACAGUGCUAUCUUUUGGCUGUGGUUUGUUUUUCCCACAAAUACCAGACAAGAAAUCCUAGUCGAUACCCUCAUGAUUAAAUUCUGUGUUAAAGCUGCAUAGAAGAGGUUUGUUUUAUUUGAAACAACAAAAGAAACAAACAAAAAAGCUGAAAUAAACAGAAGAACCCUACCUCUGAUAAAAAAAAAAGGGCAUCUCGGUUAUAUUUGUCUGUGAAAUCAAGCCAUUGAUAGCAUGUAAAAUGAUCUUGGAUGCUUUAGUCUGACACUGGAGGUUGCUUCAACUCCUGCAUUUAAAUGAGCCUCCCUUGAAGAUGUGAUCUCAAAUAACUGUAUGAUAUAGGAUAUUCUGCAUUGUGUUCGUGGAAGCUUUGCAGUGGUGACUGUUUGGAAUAUCUUAAAUAUUGUUUUCCUUCUUAAUACUGAAAGACGGGAGGAGGGGAAGAAUUGCCUAGGAUAUGGGAAGAUGGUGAAGAAUACCUAAAUUUAAAUGGCAAUAUGUGUGCUUUUUUUCUGCAACUAGAUCUAUUGACAUUUCUAAAUGUAGCGUAGGAAGAGUCAGCUGAGAAGAAAUGUAACUUACUGAUUAAAAUCACAGGGCAAACAUUUCGUAGUAGUUUUAAUGUUACAUUUAGUUAGGAGAAGGUACAUCAAAUUCCUUUUCAUCCCAUGAAAAUUGGAGAUGUACUUACACUCUGUUACUUCAAUGCUUUUAAUUUAAUUGGUGACUCUUAUUUUUAGCUGGCAGUUAUCAGUAAGCUAAUUGUCCUUGAAUCGGAACAAAAUUAACUUGCCUCCUAACUCAAUCUCACAAGGGAAUUUCAGCUUUUUGCAUGAAGUAUGUGGAAUCACUGUUGGUGAGGUUCUAUGCUUCUAAGAUGUAGAUACAGAUUUUUUUUCUUUGUGAUGUACAGCCACCUCCAUUUCUGACGUUAUAUGGAGUUAAGAAAAGGACAGUUGCUUAAUGCAGCAUUCUACUUAAGAAAGAAGGACCACCAGAGAUUUUUGUUGCCCAUUUUUUCUUAUGCUGGGGACUCAGGCUUCUUAGUGCAGACAGCUUAGGAUGGAGGUGAUAAGGCCAGCUUUGUGGGUAUCUCUCUGCCUUUAAAUCUUCUUGUUCCCUGACUUUGUGUGCACGUUGUGGGUUUGUUUAUUUUUUUCCACCUUUGUCACCUUCUCUGUUAAAUGUAAGUUCUUGUCAGGUGUGCUUCAGCUGUUUGCUGAAUGUUCUUUGCUAGGUUAUGGAUCAUUGCCCUGUUGGAAACUUUAAAGACUUUCCAGUCAUCAAGUUAUGGGUUGUUGCUUUUUUUUUUUUUUAAAGGCUCCUGGCAUGGAUAGUGUCAUGACUUCAAGCCUAACACCAUUAUAAUUACAUUUUAUGACCAAGAAUAUUCUAGAAACCUGAAACAGUGAAAAUUUUCCAGAAAAUCUCAUAAUUGUUAGGUCAGGGCAAGCAAUUUUUUCGUCAAAGUUGUUACACAUGUGGCUAAAUUACCUAACAGCUCUGCCCUGAUUUAUCAGUUGCACCUGAAAGUGGGGGAAAGGGAGGAGAGGAACAAUAUAACUCUUAUAUUGCUGGCCAUAAUGACUAGCACCUGCAUUGGCCUCAGCUGAGCGUGAGAUUUUGUCACAAAGCCUAUACUUUGUACUGUUUCUACACUUCCAUGCAUGUUGGGAUGUGUCAGAGCCAUGGAGUGAGAUAAUUUGAUACAACAGGCAUUCCUACCAGCUUCUGUUGGAGAGAGGAGACUGCUAGGAUGUGACUUAAAAUGGUUUUUGAUUCUGGGGACCCUAUGAAAAGCAUCCUGUGCUUGAAUGUUUGUUAAGGUCAGUUGCUGAUGUAUGGUCAGGAUGAGUGGAUUAGGAGAAAACUCCUUGGAUAGCUUGACCAGUGAGUCAAGGAAACGCAAGCCGUUGCCCUGUGAUACUCCAGGUGCAAGUCUGACCUGCAGUGGUGAAAAGCGUCGACGUGAGCAGGAAAGCAAAUACAUUGAAGAACUGGCUGAACUGAUAUCUGCUAAUCUGAGUGACAUUGACAAUUUCAAUGUCAAACCAGACAAAUGUGCUAUUUUAAAAGAAACUGUGAGACAGAUUCGACAGAUAAAGGAGCAAGGAAAAGCGGUUUCCAAUGAUGAUGAUGUUCAGAAAGCUGAUGUGUCUUCCACAGGUCAAGGAGUUAUUGAUAAGGACUCCUUGGGACCUCUUUUACUACAGGCAUUGGACGGUUUCCUGUUCGUUGUCAAUCGAGAUGGGAACAUAGUAUUUGUGUCAGAAAAUGUCACACAGUAUUUGCAAUAUAAACAGGAAGAUUUGGUUAAUACAAGUGUCUAUGCUAUCUUGCAUGAAGAGGACCGGAAGGACUUCCUUAAAAACUUACCUAAAUCUUCAGUUAAUGGAGUUGCUUGGACCAAUGACACACCUAGACAGAAGAGUCAUACGUUUAAUUGUCGGAUGAUGGUGAAAACUCCCCAUGAUCUUUUGGAAGAUGUAGGCAGCCACCAGGAUACACGCCAGAGAUAUGAAACAAUGCAGUGCUUUGCUUUAUCUCAGCCAAGAGCUAUAAUGGAAGAGGGGGAAGAUUUACAGUCCUGUAUGAUUUGUGUGGCACGUCGCAUCGCAACUGCAGAAAGAGUGUUUUCAACAAAUCCAGAGAGCUUCAUUACCAGACAUGAUCUUUCAGGCAAACUUGUCAACAUCGACACAAACUCAUUACGAUCUUCCAUGAGACCUGGCUUUGAGGAUACAAUUCGCCGGUGUAUUCAGAGGUUCUUAUGCCAUAAUGAUGGACAGUCAUGGUCCAACAAACGCCACUAUCAUGAAGCUUAUACACAAGGUCAUGCUGAAACGCCAUUGUAUCGCUUUUCCUUAGCGGAUGGAACUAUAGUGACAGCACAAACAAAGAGUAAAGUGUUUAGAAAUCCAGUAACUAAUGACCGCCAUGGAUUUGUCUCUACCCACUUUCUUCAAAGAGAGCAAAAUGGAUAUCGACCAAAUCCUAAUGCAGUUGGGCAAAACAUCAGAACAACAGUGGCUGGAAAUACAAAUUCUGUUGGUCUUAUGAACAUGUCACCUGGUCAAGGCGUGCCAAUGCAGAACAGGAACUACGGCAUGGGAGAUCCCAGUACAGUGGGUCAGCUGAGUAGCUCUCGAUAUGGAGGCCCUGGUAAUAUGGGACCAGUGAACUCUGCACCAGGAAUGCAAUCCUCUGCUUAUCAGAGCAACAGUUAUGGGUUGAAUAUAAGUAGCCCACCACAUGGUAGUCCUGGUUUAACUUCCAACCAACAGAAUCUAAUGAUAUCUACUAGGAAUCGAGGGAGUCCAAAAAUGAAUUCACACCAAUUUUCUCCAGUUACAGGUAUGCACUCUCCAAUGGGAUCCGCCAGCAACACCAGCAACAGCACUUUCUCUAGCAGUUCUCUUAGUGCUCUUCAAGCCAUUAGUGAGGGGGUUGGAACUUCCCUUCUAUCAACGCUUUCUUCACCAGGUCCAAAAUUGGAUAGUUCUCCAAAUGUGAGCAUAGCUCAGCAAAAUAAAGCAAAUAACCAGGACUCCAAAAGCCCUUCAGGCUUGUAUUGUGAACAAAAUCAAGUGGAAAGUUCCAUCUGCCAAUCAAACAGCAGGGAUGUCCUUAGUGAAAAAGAUAGUAAAGAGGGAAGUCUGGAUGCGUCUGAAAGUCAGAGAGGACAAUCUGAAAGCAAAGGGCAUAAAAAGCUGCUUCAGCUACUCACAUGCUCUUCAGAUGAAAGAGGACAUUCUGCAGCAUCAAAUUCACCUUUGGACUCUAACUGUAAGGAAUCUUCUACCAAUGUUACCAGUCCUUCAGGAGUUUCCUCAUCAACAUCUGGAGGGGUGUCUUCCUCCUCAAAUGUGCAUGGGUCACUCCUGCAAGAGAAGCAUAGGAUUUUACAUAAAUUGUUGCAAAAUGGUAAUUCCCCUGCAGAGGUUGCCAAAAUAACAGCUGAAGCUACUGGUAAAGACACAUAUCAUGACACUAGUAAUACAGUCCCGUGUGGAGAAGGUACAGUCAAACAGGAACAACUGAGCCCAAAGAAGAAAGAAAACAAUGCUUUACUAAGAUACCUGUUAGAUAAAGAUGACGUUAAGGAUCCGCUUUCCAAGGAGUUAAAGCCAAAAGUGGAAAAUGUGGAUAAUAAAAUGGGACAGUGCAGUAGUUCUGCUAUUCCUACUUCCAGUCAAGAAAAGGAGAUGAAAAUAAAAUCAGAACCAACAGAAGAGAUGAGUGGAGACUUGGAUAAUUUGGAUGCAAUUUUAGGGGAUCUGACUAGUUCAGACUUUUAUAAUAAUGCUAUGUCUACAAGUGGAAGUAACUUUGGAACAAAGCAAGCAUUAUUUCAAGGAAAUGCUCCACUGACAGGUAUGAGGAGUCCUCAGUCUGUGCAGACAGCCCGUCCGCCUUUCAACAGAGCCAUGUCUUUAGACAGCCCUGUGGGCUCAGGUGCUUCAGUGAGGAAUGUCAAUGCAUUCUCCAUGUUACAAAAGCAAAACUUGAUGGGUGGAAGUCCAAGGAUGACUGAAAACCAGGAAAGCUUUGGAGCAAAUAUUGCAAGUACUCCUAACAGGAGUGUAUCUAUGAAUCAACAUCAAUCAGGAGACUGGGGUUUGCCAAACUCGAAGGUUAACAGAUUGGAACCUGCAAGUUCUGCUUCCAUGUUGAGACAAGGAGCUGAGUUCAGUGCAUCCCUUCCCAGACCCACAGCAGGUGGCUCUAUGCCUGGGCUGCCCAUCCGUUCUAACAGCAUCCCUGGGACAAGACCAAUGCUACAACAGCAAAUGAUGCAUAUGAGGUCAAAUGAGAUUAACAUUGGUAUGGGGGGGAAUCCUUACGGACAGCCAGGGCCAGUCAGCCAGCCAGGAUCGUGGCCUGACAACAUGCUGUCCAUGGAGCAAGCAUCACGGGGUUUACAAAACAGACAAUUAGUGAGAAACUCUUUGGAUGACCUCUUAAGUGCAACACCCAGUGUGGAAGGCCAGAAUGAUGAAAGGGCUCUUUUGGAUCAGCUGCACACGUUGCUGAGCAAUACGGAUGUCACAAGCCUGGAAGAAAUUGACAGAGCUCUAGGAAUUCCUGAUCUUGUAAACCAAGGGCAAACUUUGGAACCCAAGCAAGAUUCAUUUCAAGGUCAGGAAUCCGCAGUGAUGAUUGACCAAAAGCCUUCUUUGUAUGGUCAGCCCUACCAAGGGCAGGGCACAGCCUUGCCAGGAGGCUUUAAUAGCAUCCAGGGACAGCAGCCAUCCUUUAAUUCCGUGAUGAAUCAGAUGAGCCAACAAAACAAUUUUCCACUUCAAAGUAUGCAUCCUAGAGCAAAUGCAAUGAGACCUCGGACCAAUACACCAAAGCAGCUCCGCAUGCAGCUCCAGCAGAGGCUUCAGGGGCAGCAGUUUAUGAAUCAAACCCGUCAAGCGCUUGAAAUGAAAAUGGAAAAUGCGGGCAGUAGCAAUAGCUCAGUGAUGAGACCAGUGAUGCAGCCACAGGUGGGAUCACAGCAGCAAGGUUUUCUUAAUGCUCAAAUGGUGGCUCAGCGUAACAGGGAGCUAAUAAGUCAUCAUUUUAGACAACAGAGGAUGGCAAUGAUGAUGCAGCAGCAACAACCUCAGGCCUUCAGUCCACCACCGAAUGUGACUGCCUCAGGAAGCAUAGAUAGUGGUCUGACUGGCCCUCCAAUGGCUCAAGUUCCUCCACAGCAAUUCUCCUAUCCACCUAAUUAUGGAAUAAGCCAGCAGCCUGACCCUGCGUAUGGUAGAGUAUCAAGCCCUCCCAAUCCAAUGAUAGCAUCAAGAAUUGGACCUUCCCAGAAUCCUAUGAUGCAGCAUCCUCAGACAGCACCCAUGUACCAGUCUCCUGAGAUGAAGGGCUGGCCGUCGGGGAGCAUGGCCAGGAGCAGUUCUUUCCCACAGCAGCAGUUCAGCCAUCAAGGUAAUCCUGCAACGUACAGUAUGAUGCACAUGAAUGGCAGCAGUGGCCACAUUGGGCAGAUGAACAUCAGCACUGUGCCUAUGUCAGGGAUGCCUAUGGGUCCAGACCAGAAAUACUGCUGACACCUGCACCUGGAUCUCCAGCCAAGAAUGCGCGGAGCAUUACAGAGAUGCACUGGUGUUACAGAGGAGAGUUCCGCAUUCUUCAUGGCAACGGGCCUGGCCUUACGGAAGUGAUUUUUCCUGCUAAUCACCACGAUGUCCUAAGUUAUUUCACUGAGGAAGAAACAGACUUUUUUAGUAGAAGCAGUCUGUAUUACUGUAUAUUGUGUUGUACAAAAAAGGUCAUAAAUAUUUUUGGCGCUCUGCCUCUAGAAAUGUGAAUUUGGCAAUGGUGUUUAAGUAAGUAUGAUGGGUAGAGCCAGCCCUGAAAUACCUUGUCUAUUUACUGUAGCUAUCCAAAGCCCUUCAUCUACAGGCAGACAAAAGUGCCUGGAGAAAUCACAGUGAUAAGAAUUUUCUGAUUUCUCUCAUAAGAAUAUCUGACAGAGAAUGUAGUUCCUAGCCUUGACUCUUUUAUAUGAAUUCCUUAAUAUAAAUGCUGCUUUUAAUCCCCUACCCCCCAAGAGUCAGGAUUUCCCAGGCAAAGUUAUCAGUGCAAAAUGAAUUGGCACAUAUUACUCCAAAAUCCUGUCCAUUGAUGCCAAGGGGUAAAACGAGAGGAUGAUAAAUUUAAAUUAUUUAAAUGCAAUUGUGACUAAUAUUUACAUAUUGAUGUGCAGCUGAGUGCACUUUAUAGAAGACUAUAUAAUGGAUUAAUGCAAUAUCUUUAAUAAGGACUUAAUAUGAAGGUAGGGUGUACUCAUGUUCCUUCUCAAACACAAUCUCUUAAAAAUUAUUUGAAAAGACUGCAUCGUGUGUUUUCUGUGUGUGGAAAUCAGAGCAAUAAUCUUUCAUCAUUUUGAAAACAACUCCAGAAAACUCAAGGCAAGGCACUGCAGUCUGAAUCAGAAUUUUGCAGUCUUUCUCUUUGUGAAUAAAUUUUGUAAAUAUGUUCUUUAAGAUAAUGUAUUAUAUAUAUGACUUUUGUAGGUCACUAACUCAUUUUUGCAGAGUUUGUGAAGCUAAAUAUUUAACUAAAUUGAUUUCUGUAAACUCAGUGUAGUUGAGGUCCAAAUAGAAUACUUUUUUUUAAUUAAUGACUUCGAAGCUGGGUGACCUUGGCCCACACCUUUCCCAUUUUUGGUCUUCAACACUUCAUUUAUUUUUACAUCCUUAACAUGUAGCUUUUUAUAAAAGACCAGUUGUUCAAUGCUUUCUCCACCUGUGAGCACUUUGUUACGUCUAUUUUUACAUUUGGCAGUUGGACAAAAAGGCUCUGCGCUCUGAGAUGUCAUGGCGGUCACGUCUUGCUGUGUUACCUUGCCUUUCCAGCUGAUGGCUGCAGAUUGUGUCUUUUUGGGCAAUUUUAAUGAGCUCUACACGUUCUUCAAAAGAAGCCUCCCUGUUGCAAAAUAUUUGUUAUGGGACAUCCAUAAAUCUUUCAGGAUAUUAAGCCACACUUUAACCAAAUGUCUGCACCUCAUUGGAUUGUUCUAAUAGUGAUGAAUGUAUUUUUCUGAGCAGGCUUCUCUUGUAUUAGUAUUUAAGUUUGGUUACAAAUUUGUUUGUAUUAUUUGCUGACAGUUGUUUUUUUCCCCUCCUGUUUUGGUUCCUUGAGAUGAAGAUCCUGUUGCAGUUUCUCUGGUCUCAGGCAGUUACAGUGAAUCAAACCUGUACAUUUCCAUAAGGGACGACCCAGAAAUGUUUAAGAUACAUGGUGCUUUUGCACUGUUGUUCAUUGUAGAAUGGAAAAUUAACUUCCCAAGGAAAAAAAAAACAACAACACAUUUUCAAUUGCUUCUUGGUACUGUAAGUGUGAGGUGGUUUUAUUUUUAAGAAUAGGCAGUGAUCUUCCAUUUUAAUAGAUAUAACUUACCUAGAAAAAAACUUCAGAAUGUUCCUCCUUAGCAUACAGCCAGUUGUGUUCCAAAGAAAAUGUAGAUUCCAUCUAUUUUUAUGCAACCCUGUCUUUGCAAUUAGACCUGAAUCUAUAGUUCUGGGGGAAGUAUUUAUUUGAAACCUUCAGUCCAAUUCAUGUGUGGUUUUUUUAAAUGCAGAACUCUUAAAAGGCUGAGGAACUUUUAUCAUCUUAUUUCUUAGGACGUAUCUAUUUGUUGAGUGAGUGCUGCCUGCUGAAGUCCAAAGGCAACAGGCAUUUGCUUUUUGUAUCAAAUGGGAGUGGAACAGUCCUUGUAUUUUGUAGUUAUUCAUUAUAUUGAUGGAAACUACAAACCCUGGUUGCUUUCAUUAGGUGAGCUCUUAGACUGUGUCCUACUUUAUACAUUGUGCCCUGUUUUGUUUUUUUAUGAGCGAUUCUGUUUAUACAUCUGUGUGUAACUGGAACUUGGCCAGUGUUAUAAAGGAUCAUCAUUUCUCA